GACGAAAGUGACAUGGAAUGCGAGGUUCUAGAGCGCAUCAUUAUAACGCGACGUCCACGGUAUAUAAGGGAUGCGCCAACCCGUUUCAGAGACUUCGACGAGAAGGAUUUCCGGGACAGAUUUCGUGUAAGCAAAGCGUCAGCAUGGAUGGUGUUAAGGAUGAUACGGGAAAAAAUCCAACAUAAAAUUACAUGGAACAGUGCUCUAACUCCCGAAGAAAUGCUUCUGGUCACUUUGCGAUUCUAUGCCACGGGUUGCAUGCAAAGGACUGGAGGGGACUUAAUCGGAGUUUCUAAUAGCACUACUUCCCGAGUCAUAAGGUUGGUUUCGCACCACAUAGCUGUAUUACGAGCGCAGUUUAUUUCAUUUCCCACAACUGCAGAAGAGCAAAGACGGCUGCACGAAAAGUUUUAUUUAGUAGGGAAAUUUCCUCGCGUGGUAGCGGCUUUAGACUGCACGCAUAUAAAAAUAAUAUCACCAGGUCAGUGUCAGAAAUUGAAAACUAAUAACCAAAUUCAACAAAAAUUAAAUAGUUUUGAAUUGCUUUGUAAAUAGCAAAGUUCUGUUCUUAGGGAAAUAUUUAGCUAUUUGUACAACGAUUUUGGUGUGAAGGCGGAGGGGGUGGAGCGUGCCCCCACCCCCCAAACCUCCCAUAAAAGAAAGAGGAUGGACCGCACUAUAUGAAAA